GAGGCGGGCUGUAACCUGUCUCACUGUCUCUGUGUCUGUCUGUCUGUCUGACUGAAGUGAUCAUGGACACAGCAGAUCUGAGACGCCCUGGAUUAUGUCUGGACAUACACUGGAUCUAUUAACUCAACUUUAUUUAUUUAUUUAUUUAUGAGUUUUGAUCUUUGAGCACUACAGUAUGCACUCCAGAGCAAAGUCACAGAGUUGUGAUAAUUAUCUGUGUAUUAAGGAUUCGGAGUCAUUGGAUAACUGCAUUCAGAGCAUCGUGUCUGCUCUUUAUCCUCCGUUCAGUGUCACCGCAGCUACGGUCCUCUGGCAGCUCUUCAGUGUUGUAGAGAGACAAUACCGCGGUGAUGGACUUCGAUGUUUCAUUGACUUUCUCUUACCUGCCAAGAGAAUCCUGCACAUAAUUAAACAAGAGGCCUGUCUGCGAUUUAAAGGUCUGUUGCUGUAUCACGAGGGAUGGCCGCUGUGUUUACAUGAGAAGGUGAUCCUGCAGCUCGCACCCUUGCAUAAAGUUCGCCUGCGACAGGGAGAUUUCUACCUGCAGGUCGUUCCUUUAGGCCGCAAGUCUGCCAAACUGGUCGUAAAAUGCCUGUCUGGCAGCGGGCAAGCCAUCACAGAGAUCCCCGUCGCCGAGAGCAUGUACGGGAACGUGUUCACGCCUGACUUCGUACAGAAUGUAACGCGCGAUCGUAACCUGCACCCUCUUCAGAACUGCCUCCUCAGUACCGGCGGCACGGUCUACCGUACGCCCUGGAAGAACGUGGUCAACCCUUUGUUCGUGACCAGCACCGCAGACGCCAUCAUGCAGGCUCGCGGCGCCCUGCGGGGUCAGCUCAGCACCUGCAGUACUCACGGCUCGACCGGAACUCUCGACAGCCGUCGCAGCUCUCGAGAGUCUCUGCACUCGCAGGGGGCCGAGUCCACCGCGUCCGCACCCGUUCUCAGCCGUAGCCUGACGGAUAUGGGAAUCGACUUCAUUCGCUCCCCAGACGCGUCUUUACAUCAGACUCACUCGCUUCCACAGACUCCUACCGUGAGCGGCCCGGACCAGGGAUGCAUUAAAAGCGGAAGCGGUCACAAAACGCUCUCGUUCGGAACAGAUCUCAGUAAUCCGGGCCUACGGAAACAUCACAGCAGAGACUCUGCGGCUUUCGAGGCACGCCGGCUCUUCCGUAAAUCGUAUAUGGAGGCGCUGCAGAAUCCCAUGAACCUUGGAUCUAGCUCCGAGUCCAUUCUGGAAGAAGGCACGGAGACCUCGGACUCGAGGGAGCAACGACAGUCGGACAGUCGCUCCGUUCAAAAGGAGCAGAUCCCGCGGAGAAUCUGUGCCCGUGGAUGGUUGGGUGGUGAUGAAUCUCGCUGUUCUCCUAUCCAGACGCAAAGCACCCCUCAUAAUCCAGCGCUCAGUCCAGGGGAGAGACGCUCGAAAUCUCUUGAACGUACUAACAAAGGUGUGCAGGUUAAAGGUCAUCGGGCACGCUCCUCUUCUGGUGGCUCUAGCAGUGGUCUUCCCAAGAAACUUAUGAACGGUUAUGCACUUCGUUUUGGCAAACUGGACUUGGAGGCGGCACUCCCUGGAAUUGAGAAACGGAGCAACAAAGACAAUUCAGGUGUCUCUGAAGACGCUCUUCGGUCGAGUCACAACAGAAACAGUAACAGUGAAGAUGAAUUACAGUCGUGUAAUAAUAAAGUUCAUUCGUCUCCGGUGUCCACGUCGCCGUCUGCCGUCUGUAGUUUGUCACAGGUCAAUCAAAGACUUCUGACCUCUGGAGCUCUUCAGCUUCCUGGUAAUGUGGACCGUAACGGUCGAGCGGUGUUACAGGUGUGCUGUAGGUCUGAUGUGUGGACAGAUGCUUGUUGUACACGAGUGAGAUCAGUGAACUGUCUGUGCUGUUACUUCAGCGGACUGCGACAGGAGAAACGUGAUUUGGGUUUGACGGUUCUGGUGGACUGUCGAAGACGACCGUCUGCUAGUGUCCUGUUCUCAGGCCUGUCUCAGUUUCAGUCUUCUUUACCAAAUGCACUUUACUCUGUUCUGUUACUCGUGGACAAAGAUGCAGCUGUAAAACUGGAGAGAGACUUUACAGUUCAAUGUGAAGUCUUGACAUCUUUGAAAGCUCUACAGAAACACAUUGAUUCUUCUCAACUCACCAGAGAUUUAGACGGCACCUUCUCAUAUGAUCACAGCCAUUACAUUCACUUCAGACAGAAAAUUGAACCGUUUGCUCAUAGCUGCAGUGUGGCGAUCUCUUUUCUUCAGAGCUCCAUUGAGACUUUAAACAACAUCAGCAGUCUGCACACAUCUGCGGAGGUGUCAGAGGUCAUCAACCUGCAGAAGAAUCUCAUGAAGAAUAUCCUGGAGGACACAAAACUGAACCGGCUGCGGCUGGAGGGUGGCACAUUUCUGGCGCGCAUCAGGAAAGAAGAUAUGUGUGAAAAUGAAAAUUACAGGGACGCUGUGGAUUUGGUGAGCGCUCUGUAUAAUCAGGUGGAUGAAGAGGUCCAUAAACUGGUCAUCCUGUCUAACAGAUCCCUACAACAACUAGAGAACAUGCUGGAGGAGAUCUCACUUCAGGAGCAAAGAGAGGAGAUUAAAAACUGGUUUUACGUAGAGAGUGAAAAACAUUUAGCUCCUCUGGACUCGUAUGAUCUCAGUUUGAGCGCCGUUCAGGACAUGAGACAGAAUCUCACCCAGUUCAUCAAAGACUCUUCAGAACGACAGACGAAAGCUGCAGUGUUGAUGAAAGAGUCGAAAUCAUUUUCCAGUUCAGAUUUACUGGAGUUCACACAACACAUCACCUCCAUUCAGCAGCGCUGCCAGACACGCAACGAUGACCUGGAGCUUCUGCUUAACCUCUAUGAGUUUUAUGAAUCGGCACACCAGUGGAUGAUUCAUUGUCAGGAGUAUUUCUGUCAGCUGAAGGUGGAUGAUGAUUCGGUCAGAUUCAGUCCUACAGUUUUGCACAUCCUUCAGGAUUAUCACAGUGAAGCCACUAAAUUCUCAUUGGAAAACUUCAGCACGCUCAAUCAGAUGGUGUUAAACCUCAACAGCCCACGAGAGCUUCAGCACUGGAACGGCGUUUGGCAGAAAUGCCAGCAAACCAAAACCCAACUCGAGGAGCUGAUGGCCAAGAUUGCUUCAGAAGAGUCCGGUUCCUGUCCUCCUGCGCUGGCAGAAACACCUGGUGCCGCUUCACCCAUCUCCUGCUGUACGCCUGACUUUGAGUUUGAUGAUGGGAAGCCUCAUUCUGCAGGACCGUUCUCCAAAAGCCACUUUCCCUUCCCGUUCUCCCCAGAGAGCGACAAACUGUCCCCGUCGUUGUUCGACGACACGGACAGCGACUGCACCGUCGACUCUUCGACCUCCUGUCAUUCCGAGCCCAUUCGUUCUCCGGCCGCACGUCAUCGUAAGCAGCCUCUGAAGAAGCUCAUGAAGAAGACGGUGAGCUACGAGCUGACGCCCCGUGACAAAGGUCACUCGGAUGCCGGUCAUCAAGGCUACACGGGCGUUUACAUCAAAGGUCUGGAGGUGACCAACAAUGUGUGCGUGGAGCAGAAGCUCCAGAGGUCGGAUGUGACGAGUCCAACGCUGAGUCGCAGUCACAGUUUAUCCUCACCGCCCAGAGCUCACAGCAGACACAGUGAUGGAGACAUCAAGAGACACAGCAGUAAAGUCCAGCACAUCAUGGAUGAGAUGAUUUCCACAGAGAGAGAAUACGUCCGAUCUCUCAGAUACAUCAUCGAACAUUAUUUUCCCGAGAUGGAGCGCCUGGACCUGCCGCAGGACCUGCGAGGAAAGCGCAGCAUCGUUUUUGGGAAUUUGGAGAAGUUGUGUGACUUUCACAGUCAAUACUUUCUUAAAGAUCUGGAGAUGUGCGCUCACUCGCCUCUGUCUGUCAGCGGCUGUUUCCUCCGACACGAGGAACAGUUUGGUAUGUACGCUUUAUACAGCAAAAACAAACCCCGAUCAGAUGCCCUGUUAACAAGUCACGGCAACAGUUUCUUUAAGAAUAAACAGCUGGAGUUGGGUGAUAAGAUGGACCUGGCGUCUUACCUGUUAAAGCCCAUUCAGAGGAUGAGUAAAUACGCUCUUCUGCUGAAGGAUCUUAUUAAAGAGUGUGGCCAUUCUCAAGAGCAGGAGCUCACUGACCUCAGAACAGCUGAAGAGAUGGUCAGAUUCCAGCUACGUCACGGCAAUGACCUCUUAGCCAUGGACGCCAUACGUGGAUGUGAUGUGAAUCUGAAGGAGCAGGGCCAGCUUAGAUGUCAAGACGAGUUUAUCGUCUGGUGCGGACGCAAAAAAUACCUCCGCCACGUCUUCCUGUUUGAAGAUCUCAUCCUCUUCAGCAAGACCAAAAAGAUAGAAGGAGGAUAUGACAUCUACAUCUACAAACAGUCCUUCAAGACGGCUGAGAUCGGAAUGACGGAGAAUGUGGGAAACAGCGGUCUGCGCUUUGAGAUCUGGUUCAGGCGGAGGAAAUCUCAGGACACCUUCAUCCUUCAGGCCGGUUCUGGAGACGUGAAGGCCGUGUGGACCGCUGUGAUCGGUAAAAUCUUAUGGAGACAAGCCUUACGUAACAGAGAGUUGCGAAUGCAGGAGAUGGUUUCAAUGGGAAUCGGAAACAAACCCUUCAUGGACAUUAAACCCAGCGACUCUGCCAUCAGUGAUCGAGCUGUGGACUACAUUAUGAAAGGGUCAGAAUCGAGAAUGAGGGCAUCUGUGGCCGUGUCCUCGUUUGAUCACUCCACGCCGUUUAAGAGACCUCACUCCACCAUCUCUAACAGCAGCUCAUCUUCCUCCAGUAGUCAGUCUUCAUCAUCACUGCUGGGAUCUCUUAAUCUUCAUCUUUACCCUUCACAUCCACUGCCCGGCUGUCCCUCUCUCACUCACUGGCCGUACGACUGUAUCGAGGAGGACGAGUUAGAGCAAGAUUCAACAUCACAACCAUCCAUCAAUGAUUGUCUAGUCUCUGAGAACACCGAGUCAUGUAUGAGUGCGGUCCAGCGUCAUCCUGCUGUCAUCAUGGAGAGUUACGGCAGUGACGGAGGAUCGUAUCUCUCUUCUCCAACACCGUCUCCAUCUCCACCCAAAAACACAACAUCUGUCCUGUACCACAAAGAGCAGGAGUUACAGACCGGCAACUUCAUUACAGCUCUGUGAGUUUAUUGAAGCUGUUGGAGAUCAGAGACGUGUGAAUGAACAGAUGAACUCUUCAGCACUAUAAGACUCUUAAUAAGACACCACCGAUAUUCAUCCAGCGAUACAUCCAGACUUCACUGUUUUUACUUAAAUGUUGUUAAAAUGAAUUAUGAGCGUUUCAUCAUAAGAUUAUGGAUGUAAAUCUGUUGUUUUUUUACAUUAACAUGUACAGAGACUUACAUUGUCAUGUGUUUAUUCCUUUGCACAGUAUUGCUGAUUUGUACAAAUAGUUAAAGGGUUUAAGGCACUACUAAUAAAAUCCAUUAAGGAUUAAACUUUUAAUGAUAAUUGAGUCACUGACGAAUAAAAAAAUGCAAACUGGA